CAAAACCAUUAACAAUUUCAUACUUGUAUCUAGACAUGAUGUUUGAAAAACAUUGAUAUUUUCUACAUAUUAGAUAGUGUGAAUAUAUAUCGACUUCUUUAGAAAGUACUCUGUUAUUCAGCGUAAUUCAGAUAAAUACAUAAAUAUAUCAAUUUCAAUUCGUAAAGAGAAUAAAGAAGGAUGGCCAGUACAGGUGAAAUUGCAGACGACUUUCUCCUGUGUUCACUUUGCAUGGAAAAAUACCGAGAACCGAAAACUUUGCCAUGUUUACACACCUUCUGUUACUCUUGUCUUUUCACAUAUGUCGGACAAACUGCCACGGACGCGGUUUUCCCAUGUCCCCUGUGUGGUCAGGAGACCCGGCAGGUUGGGAGGAAUCUAUCCACGGAGCAGUGGAUGGAGACGUUCACCGUCAACCCGUUCGUGUUCAGACUACAGAAGGUGAGCGAGAUGCGCCAGAGUGUAAAAGCGUGCGACGUGUGCAGACAAGAGCAGGUGCUCGUGCAGGCCGUGCACUGGUGCAAAGAGUGUCUGGAAGGCUUGUGCGAGGAGUGUGAGCGCGUCCACGGACGAAUCAGAGCGUCCAGGGAGCAUCACGUGGUCGGUAUGGAGAGUCUGGAGAACGAGGCCCUGGUGAAACUGCUGCGUCCAAGACGAGGUCCGGAUCUCUGUCAGGAACACAGAGGCAAGACUCUGACUCACGUCUGCCUUAACUGCAAGACGGUGGCGUGCGACACGUGCAUUGCUGUGUUUCACCAAGGCUGCAGGAAGGUCGAACCCAGCGUAAAGAUCGUCACCGAUUUCAGGAACGAUUUCUGCUUGGCUGAAAAGACUCUGGAGGAAUAUUUUAGUCUGGCAGCUGAAUUAUCGAGGACACAGCACGAACAAUUGGAUCGUUUGACCAAAUCCAAAGAGGAAGUGAUAAGUGAGAUCACAGCGUUUGGACAAAGACUUGUGAACUCCAUCUUGGAGAAAGAGCAAAGGUUAAUAACAGAGGUUGAUUUGUUGUACAUCAAGCACAGAGACCAUAUGGCAGAAAAUGUCUGGAACAGUGAGGUCAGUGUCAACUCCCUUGCUAAAACUAAACAGUUCGUUCAAUAUCUGACGUCAUACGGAUCAGACAUGGAUGUAUUAAACAAUUACGAUGUUAUUGGAAAGCAGAUGCAGAUUCUGAAAAGCAAACUGAUUCUUCCUAGAAAAAGAAAUGAAGCCACUCCGAAGUUCAGAUUUCUGCCACACAAAAAGGCUUCCGAAAUUUUACGAUCCAUGAAUGUACUUGGUGAAGUUGUCGUAACUAAAAUCCAAAACAAGCCAAAGCUGAAUAAAGAACAGGCAUCGCUUCCCGCACCACCAAAUCCAAACUUAACGCCAAGACUGAAGGAUAGCCCUUCCUCCAGACAUUUAGCCAAACGACCGAGCAAGAAUACACAAGUUCCGACGACAAAAUUCAGACUUGUUUCUUCUUUCUCGGGUCGAUGUAACAGUGAUACAAUGAAGACAGAUCUGAGAGGAAUCCUGCUUCUUGCGUCUGGAGACUUCGUCGUCAUGGACAUCCAGUUUAGAAACACACGCUUGAAGAAAUUUGGUCCUAGGGGAAAACUGAUUUCGACGCUCGAUCCGGGAGAAUGUCCGCACUCACUUAUCAUGACUUCGGAUUCAGAAGCUGCUGUUAGCCUCCCGAAGUCUCGUGAAAUCGCAUUUGUAUCACUGGGAGGGACAUUGCAGAUCUGUGAAAAAUUGAAGUUGUCCAAACAAUACUAUAGUUUAGCGUCUUCUGUCGUAAACGCCUUUGUUGCCGUCUCCAUCUCACCGCCUGAAGUCCCUACUAUCGAUGUGGUAUCUUUCACGGGUGAUGUUAUUUCUUCGUUGCCGCUGGACAGAGUUCGAUAUCCGACCCCACCGAAGGGAAUAGCCGUCAGUUCGAAGGGUGAAUAUCUAAUUCUGUUUGGUGGAGAGGAAAGUGUCGUCUGCUUGAACGAACAUGGAGACUUUCAGUACAACUUCAGUCCUGGUAAAGCUCACGAUGUCCGGAGAGAAGUGGGCAUCCAGUGUAACGACGUUGGCAAUUCGUACAUCGUGGACGCUGAGGCACACAAGAUACACGUCGUCUCGGAUGGAGGCAAGUAUGUGGGACCACUGCUUGGUCGCAUUGACGGUCUGCGGGGGCCUCUAGCCAUGUGCUUCAGUGACGCAGGCCGCCUGGCUCUAACGCAGAGUAAUGGUGAUAUCAAACUGUUUGUAGUCGAUCAACAUAAAUAA